UCGUUUUCUGCCUCAUCCCCUCAGUUUUCCGUGACUGUUGUGUUGUUAGCCGGCGAAUUUUGCGGACUAAUUUGUUUUUUUGAUAUUUUUCAUUAUUCCAGUGUGAAUUACGUGGAGAUAAUGGGAGUUACUGUAUUACAACAGUUUCCCACGAUGGAAAAUCGCACGGGGCCCCAGACCAUCGAACUCUUGACGAAGAGGAUUUUAGCUCUUGGAGCAGUUCAGAGUGGACACUUUCUCGUCGACUGUGAGACUUACAUGUCAAUUCCACAAUUUGCUGUUCAGAGGACUGUUCACGUACUCCACAAUUCUGAACAGCCUGCAUCGGUAUUCGCUAUUUUGGAAUCCGGUACUAAAGUCGUACCCCUGAUUGCUGAUGGACUCUUUGAUCUUUUAAUGCUCAAGAUCGGGGCGAUCUACACCAGCAAGAAGCAGACGAAAAUUGAAUCCAAGGGGCCGAGAUUUGAAAUUGGCGAUUUCUGCGUUAAACUUGGAAGUGUCACCAUGAGUCAGAAUUUCAAAGGAGUGCUUGUCGAGCUGGAAUACAGACCCUGUGUUUUGCCAAGUGCCUCUUGGGAACUUAUGCGAGAAUUUUUGCAAGGAUUUCUCGGUGCCACUGUCUCCAAUCAACCUCCACAGUAUUUACAGAAUCGCAUGAACGAAAUCUAUCAACCGAUGGACACAAUCCAGCAAUAUCUCGAGCAUUUCGGUCAAUAUCGAAAGACCACUGGUGUAAUUUGAAUUUAAAAUCAUCGAAUUUCGUUUUUUUUUUUUUUAGAAAAUUCGUCAACUCCCAGAAUUAAUUAAAAGACUGCAAACGCCUGACAAUGUUAAUAUCCGAAUUCAGUUGAU